GGUGCGUCGUGACGUGUCCGUUAUUUAUAUCGCCGUUUCGGGGUCUUAAAUCUAGUUCGAUGAUGAAAAAGUGCAAGAAGGAAAAGCUGGCGGUGCGCGAGGACCUGAUGGCGACGGCGAAGAGCGAGGUGGGGCGCAUGGUGGACUCGGGGCAGGCGGACGACCGGCGGCUCAUCCGGCUGGUGCGCGACCGCCGGCUGCUGUACGCGCGCAACAACAUGCCCGUGGCGAGCUACUACACGCAAGUCAAGCGCCUGUGGGACGAGGUCGCUCACGAGAUGGGGUGGACCGUAGCGGACGUUCGGCGCAAGUGGUCGCACAUCCGCAACUCGUACUCGCGGCACCUGCGCAACGAGAUGCACGGUGCCUGCACCAGCAAGGGCCGCAUGGUCUCCAAGUGGUACCUGGCUGACGACCUGGAGUUCCUGCGCGAGCACAUGGCCACCGACACGCGGUCAGCUCCAUACCCAACGUUUGCGAGUUCAUUCCUGGAAAUGGACGUCGGGGAGUCGCAGAAUUCCGACUCGUUGGACGUGAAGCCGUUCAUAGCGAACCCGUGGUUCCCGCUCAACUCGGCCGCGCUGUCCUUCGACCACCCGGCGCCCAGCGAGGACAGCUCCGGUUCGCACAACUUCGCGCCCGACGAGAACUCCUCCUACUUCCAGUUCUUCCGGGGCAUCUACAACGACUACCAGGAGCUGUCCGCCUCCAAGAAGCGGCUCUUCAAGCGGCAGUGCCUCACCUACCUCCACGAGUUGCUGGACGAGGAAGAACAGAACAGAAAUAGGUUUGAGCAGCACGAUGCCCUCAACUUGUCGAACUCCAACGUGUGCAGUGAGGACGAGCCGGAGUCGAGCUUGGAGGUGCUCGGGAACCUCGGUGCAGUGAUACCUUGAUAGUGACAAUGAUUGUGAACUUGUGGAAGUAUUUGUACAAAUAUUAAAUGUGUCGCAAAUACGACAGUACAAUUUAAGACAAUAUUUUUUUUUAAAUUUAAAGAAAUAUGUUGAUGAUCCUUUAAGCGACGGAUCUAGAUAUCUAUAAUGUGUAUAAUUCCAUCAUUUUAUUUUUUCAGUUUAUAUUUAACAGAAAAACACAAUCUAAAAUAUAAUUUUAACUGUUUUGGGUAUUUAGUUUUCAAUAAUUAUAAUUCGCUCUAUGAUAGACUAGUUGGAAGCGUUUUGUUUGAUUCUUAUUUUGGAGAAUUCCAGUCAGUAUAAAAAGGGUUUAAUAAUUACUAUAACAUUUAUAUUGAGGUUGUAAAUUUGUUUGUAUAUUUCCUUAAUUUUAUAAGGGAAUAUUUAACUGUUGUGUGACUGAAUAUAAAAUGGUGUAUAAUGCUGUUAACAUCGACGCUCAAUGUGAUAUAUAUAAUGUAUGUAGACAUAAUAGAGAGUAUUACUAAAUUUGUUAACUAGUAAUAAAUAAUUUUGUAUGAAUA